CUCUCACUAAAAUGAUUUUGCGGGAUGUUAAAACAAAAACAAACCACGUUAACGCCGAAGAAGUGAAUCGAGGACUUUUCCAAACUACAGUGUUAAAUCAAGAUGUCUUCAUUGGUGGCCUAUGAUGAUUCAGAGUCAGAGGAGGAGCCCUCCCCUCAGGUGGACGGAGGAGCAGCAGCAACGUUCCACACAGACCCUGCAGGAUUUAGUAGCCCUAAUUUAACGCCCAGUCAUUCAGGUUCGCUUUCUAAACAAACUACAAUAGAACAUCAUCGAUGGGUCACAGAACAAAGUAGCUCUUCAUCGCUUGUUCACCCUAAACAUGAACACUGGGACACGGAAUACUAUAGUGAAAGAAAAGACAGGCAUUUUACAGACAGCUCUGCUGCUAUCGGUUUCCCGGCGAAUCAGAGGAAAACUGGACCUGUGCAGCCUCCUCUCUGUCUCCCAAAAUGUGUCACUGAUGCUUCAAAUCCAGCUAAAAGACAGCAUUCUGCCAUGUCUGGUAUCAGACCAUAUAUCCCCAAGAGACAGAGACUCAUCCAGUCAGAGGAGGCAGACGGCACUCAGAACCCAUCAGAGCAGGUCUCAGGGAAUCAGACCAGGAAAGGCCCAGUUCUCACAGACGUGUCAUCCAGAGUGAAGCAUUACCUCGGUGAAAAAACCCAAGCAGCCGGGGUACCCAGAAAGCUUUUAAUGAGUCUGGAAGGCCACCAGGGGCCAGUCAAUACUGUGCAGUGGUGCCCCGUGCCUCAUAUUAGCCACCUGCUGCUGUCUGCCUCCAUGGACAAGACCUUUAAGGUGUGGGAUGGAGCAGAAAGUGGACGAUGCCUCAGGCUUUACACCUGCCACUCGGGAGCCGUGCGUGACGCCUGCUGGACCCCCUGUGGGCAACAGCUCCUCACCGGCUCAUUUGACAACACGGCUGUGAUCACUGAUGUGGAGACGGGGCAGCCAACUGUGAAAGUGGACAACCAAUUCAAGGUGAUGUGUGUGGCCGUGCACCCCAGCAGCCCGGAUGUUUUUCUGUGCGGAGGCUACAGCUCGGUGGUCAAAGCCUGGGACUCUCGCUGCUGCAAGGCGGUUAAAGCUUACAAAGCAGCGAUCCAGCAGACCUUGGACAUCCUGUUUCUUAGCGGUGGGUCAGAUUUCAUAACGAGCUCUGACUGCGUUAGUCGAGACUCCGCCGACCGCACCCUCAUCGCCUGGGACUACCACAGCACAGCCAAGAUUUCUAACCAGAUCUACCAUGAGCGUUACACGUGUCCAAGUUUGGCCCUUCACCCCCUUGAGGAAUCAUUUGUUGGCCAAACCAAUGGGAACUACAUCGCACUGUUCUCCUCACAAAUGCCCUACAGAAUGAACAAGAGGCGGCGAUUUGAUGGACAUAAGGUGGAGGGUUAUGCUGUUCAGUGUGACUUUUCCAUGGAUGGUUCCAUACUGGCAUCUGGGAGCUCCACGGGUACGGCCCACUUCUACGACUAUCAGAGUACUCGCGUCCUGCAUGCCCUCCAGGCUCACCGCCAGCCCUGCCUGAGUGUUUCACAGCAUCCAGUCCUGCCUGCAACUGCAGCCACUUGUGACUGGGCGGGUGAAAUAAAAAUCUGGAACUGAGAUAUCAGUGUAAAUAAGUGUUCAUAUGUUUUUAAGAAUUAUCUGUAAAA